AUUUUGACGUUUAUACCCCUCGCUCGCUCUCCCCUAACCAAACCCUACACCGUGGCGGCUAUAUAAAAGCCUCGCCCGACCUGGGCGCUAGGGUUCUUCUUCGUUCCUCCCAUCCGCGCCGCCGCCUCCCUCGCCCGGGCGUCUCCCCGCACUCGGAGCUCGCCCGCCCGUCGCCCAACAUGAUCAUCCCCAAGAAGAACCGCAAUGAGAUCUGCAAAUACCUCUUCAAAGAGGGGGUUCUGUACGCCAAGAAGGACUACAACCUGGCAAAGCACCCACAGAUCGACGUGCCUAACCUGCAGGUGAUCAAGCUCAUGCAGAGCUUCAAGUCCAAGGAGUACGUCAGGGAGACCUUCUCCUGGCAGUACUACUACUGGUACCUCACAAACGAUGGCAUUGAGCACCUGCGCAACUACCUCAACCUGCCAUCAGAGAUCGUGCCUGCCACACUCAAGAAGUCUGCCCGGCCGCCUGGCCGCCCAUUUGGCUCUGGCCCACCUGGUGAUCGCCCAAGGGGCCCACCUCGCUUUGAAGGGGACAGGCCAAGGUUUGGUGACAGGGAUGGGUACCGCGGUGGCCCCCGCGGUGCUCCUGGUGACUUUGGUGGUGAGAAGGGUGGAGCUCCUGCAGAGUUCCAGCCGUCAUUCAGGAGUUCUGGUGGUAGACCUGGCUUUGGCCGUGGUGGCGGCAGUGGCUUCGGUGCUGGCCCCACCUCUUCUUCCAUGGAGUGAACUCCCUAGUUUGGACAUGAUGUUUCCCUUCGCUUGAGGAGUUUAAUUUUGAAGGACAGUUAUUAUGUACUAGUAAAUGUUAUCUGGAUCGGCGAGUGCUGACAUAUGCUAAAAAUUAUGCUAUCUUGAUACAUUCCGGUAAUAUUUUUGCAAACGCUUCGGUUUCA